AUGGCGCCUGGUGGAGGUGGGAAGCGGAAGAGGUAUGGGCAGGAAGAGGACACAAGGCGGCCAUCACCGUACAAGCCACAAGACCAGCACACUCCGAGGCAGAACCAGCAGAACCAGCAGCACAAUGGGAGGGGACAAGGUCAGCGCAGACCUAGCCGUGGCUACAACAGAGGUGGGAAUGGAGAUGCGAGGGGGGGAAUGGGUCCCAAUGCGCAGCGCCCGCCAGCGAGAGAGUCACCAACAUCCGCAUCAGCGAUGCCGUCGACACCUCACCAGCCAGCUGCUGCACCCUCGACGUCAAUGAACCCACCGCCGAACCAAGCUGCGCCCGCAGAGCGACAAGCCGUGCAGCCUGCCCCGCCAUCAAAACCUAAGCCCACGACGUACGACUAUCAGUAUCUUACAGACGAGAAGGUAGAAGCAUGGCGAGCAUCGGGUAGACAAUCAGUGGUAGAGGCUGCGAAAGAGCUGCAAGGCCAGGGCGACACACUGGGUCUGAGCAUCGUCUUUCAAGAACUCAUCAGGGCUGGCCUGGAUGGCAGGGUCGAAGCCACGGAUGCGGGGACCGUCGUGAAAGAGAUAUUGGACCACUGUCCACCGGAUGACCGUCAAGACUUGGCUUCGCUGUUUCUGGAUUGUCUAUCUAUCCUGACAGAAGCGGACGCGUCGAAUUAUGCGCUGCGGAGCAUCGUCCUAUCCACCGGCAUCUCCGCCGCGCAGAUGCGAGAGGAACUGGACACGCCUCUCUUGGUCGCGCUCAGCCUCGUACGGAGCACAUUCGCUCGCAUGGCAGCGCGAAAAGCCACGAAUCUGUUAUAUCGACAGUCCAACUACAACUUGCUUCGAGAAGAAACGGAAGGCUACUCCAAGUUGAUGACUGAAUACUUCACGACAAGCAACAGCGGUCCACCAACCGGCGAGCUUGCGGCUGAGACCUUCCAGAAGGUAAAGGCGCUCAUCGGAGCCUUUGACUUGGACGUCGGACGGGUGCUGGACGUCACGCUGGACGUCUUUGCCAACCUUCUCGUGAAGCAGUACAGGUUCUUCAUCAAGCUCCUUCGCGCAAGCUCAUGGUGGCCUGAGGCGAAAAGCUACGGAGAAAACGCUGCACAAGAGCAAGACCUCAGCUCACUGCCCAGUUGGGCUCUUCCCGAAUCAGCAAGCUGGACGACUAGCGACGAGGAGCAAGCGCGCCUGGCAGUAGUACGACAAGAGCGAGACAGGGCUUUCUGGGACCGCGUGAAGACCAAGCAGGGAAAGAGGGAGCAGAUGGACGCUUUUUUCGAGCUCGGCGGCCGGCAGAUCGUUGGAAAUAUUGCAGACACUGGAAUGAUCAACGGCGAGCAAGACGUAGCAGACCUGGAUGCUGACCACGAAUGGAUGAGAACGACCCAGACCCUACCGCCUCCGGGUAACCGCACAGCCGCUCAACUGCUUGGCUUUAAGCUUCGCUUUUACGCGUCGAACGCUCGGGAUCCGAGCGACACCCUACCGGAUAACCUGAUCUAUCUUGCGGCACUCCUCAUCAAGAUCGGCUUCAUCUCGCUGCGCGAUCUCUAUCCCCACCUAUACCCUCCGGACGAGAAGAUGGCAGAAGUCAAAGAGAAGCUCGCGAAAGAGAAGGUGCGAAAGGAAAGGAAGAACCCUCCGGGCGCUGGCGUGAAUCUGCUAGCAAUGACGGGCGCCCUCCCGGAGAAAGAAGGUGAUCCGUUUGGAGCAGCACCACGGAUGCGCGAGGACACACCAGAACCGGAGGUCGCCGCAGGAGAGUUACCUGAACCAGCCGACCAGAAGAUCGCUCUUCUUCGGAGCUUGCUCCUCAUCGGGGCAAUACCAGAAGCCCUCUUCAUACUGGGUCGGUUUCCGUGGCUGCUCGAGGCCUUGCCGGACCUACCAGAGUACAUUCAUCGUAUUCUGCACCACUGUCUUGCGAAAGUUUACGAAGCGAGUAGAUCGACACCCGAGGAUGAGAACCUUACAGCUGCCAAGCCGCAGCUUGGAGACCAGGCGGGCCAGCCUAAGGGCCAGGUCAAGUACGUUCAAGCCCCGCCUCGAAAGUCCCUUCGGUGGGCGAAGCUGGAUAAGAAUGACUCUGGAGAUGGGGUUGACUAUCGGUUCUACUGGGACGAUUGGGCAGACAACGUCCCUGUCUGUCAGAAUGUGGAUGAUGUGUUCCUCCUUUGCGACACACUACUGAACCUCUCCGGAGUCAAGAUCGGCCAGGAUCCUACCUUACUGAUCAAGCUGGCAAGAAUUGGGUUGAAGAGCUUGAGCGAUGAUUCAUCGACCGCCAACCAAGAACGCUGGAUCGAGCUCUCCAAGAAGCUGCUCGUCCCGGCGCUGAGUCUGACAAAGUCCAACCCCAAUGUCGUAAACGAGAUUUUCGACCUUCUUAAGCUCUUCUCGACACGGACCAGAUACGCCAUCUAUGCGGAAGUCUACACAGGUUCAAUCUCUCGACUGGAAGACGUAAGGGCGGCCUUCAACAGAACACGAGCGGAGACUAGGGACGUGCUCAAGCGCAUCAGCAAAACGAACACGAAGCCUAUGGCUAGAGCGCUGGCCAAGGUUGCGUACGCAUCUCCUGGCGUUGUCUUUGAGGUGGCCUUGACACAGAUUGAAGUAUACAACAACCUGAUUGAAGUCUUCGUCGAGUGCGCGAGGUACUUCACUUACUACGGAUACGACGUUCUUACAUGGUCGCUCAUGACAUUCUUGGGCGGCCGAGGCAAGGAGCGCCAACAAGCGGACGGCAUGCUCACCAGUCCUUGGCUGAAGGCCUUGUCGACGUUUGCCGGUCGGGUCUUCAAGCGGUACUCUGUAAUCAAUCCGUCGCCAAUAUUGCAGUACGUCGCGUACCAGCUCGAGCAGGGUAGCUCCACCGAUCUCGAGGUCUUGGAGCAGAUCAUCACGUCCAUGGCUGGUAUAAGAUCAGACCUGGUCUACAACAACGAAGCUCUCCAAGGUAUGGCAGGCGGAGAGGCGCUGCAAGCACUGACUCUGGAGUCGCUGCUCGACAAACGCCACGAGAUGAAGCAUUCCUCCAAGCGCCUCAUCAAGUCAUUGGUGGAUCCUGGUCUUGCGGGCCCGCUUCUCACUGCUAUCGCACGGAAGCGGGUCUCGUACAUCUUCAGCCCGGAGGCUGAGGGCAGGCCGUUGAAGGUUCUCGGCAGCAACCUCGAUACAAUCCACCAGGUCUUCAUGCAGUACCUCGACCUCUUACGGAGCAGUCUCUCCACCAAGGAGUUUGAUGCGCACGGCCCGGAUCUUGUUGACCUCAUCAUUAGCCACGGCAUUGAUCCCGCUACGGCGUUCAUGAUCGCUAGGCCAAGUAUCACGCAUGCUAUAGCUGAGGCUGAUGCGUCGCUGAGAUUGACUAAGCGUAGGAGCAGCAGUAUAUCAGAGGAAGAGCCGCUUAACGGGGUUGCUGAGACAAAUGGCGUAAGCAAGGACGACGUUACUCGCACUACCGACGAGGAGAUGGCAAUAGAAGCAGCCGCCGACACUUCUGGAGACAAAAUGGUCGUAGACGCGGAACAGAACGCCGAGAACACGAAGACGGAGAAUGUGCCAUCGUCAGGCGACACUUCAACAUCGACGGUCCCUGUCACUAGUCCUGAGCCCGAUAAAGGCGCCGAUGCUAGUUCGGAGAAUCGUGCAUUGAGGCGACUGGAGGACCAACUCAGAUCGGUGCUCCCCCAAAGCUUUGAGGAGACGCUCAGCAUCUCCUUCUACGCUACCUUCUGGAGACUGUCUCUGUACGACAUCAGCCCUCCGAUUCAAACCUACAAAGUCGAGCAGGAGAAGACGAAGCAGAAGAUCGAGGCGAUCAUGUCAGAUCGGAAAGACAUCUCAGUGUCUGGAAUGAAGAAGAAGGAGCAACAAAGGAAGGAGCUCACCGACCUCUACAACCGGCUGGUAGAAGAGGCCGGAGUCCACGCGAAGCAUCAUCAACGACUCCGACGCCGCCUCGCGAAGGAGAAGUCGCAGUGGUUCGCUGGUUUCCCUACCACUGCCGGCCAGUCGCAACAGAUACACGCAGCGAUUCUGCAGGAGUGCUUCUUCCCUCGUAUGCUUCUUUCGCCUCUGGACUCCAAGUACACCUUCUUGAUGAUGACAUUCCUGCAUUCUUCGGGGACUCCAGGUUUCAGGACACUGCACCUGCUUGAUGCCAUCUUCAAGGAGAAGCAGCUCACAGCAAUGAUCUUCCAAUGCACCGCUCGGGAGGCGGAAAACUUUGGUCAAUUCUUACACGAAGUUCUGGCAAUGCUGAAGCCGUGGCACCUCUCGAAAGAUGUCUACGAGACCAAUGCAUAUGGUCCGAAGAAGAACCUCCCUGGGUUCGCCAUCAAGCUCAAUCCUGACAAGACGCCGGCGGAACUGCUCGACUACGAAAACUUCCGGCGCUUCCUGUACACAUGCCAUCUGAGACUCAAUAGUGCGUUGAAGGCCUGUCUUAUGGGAGGAGAGUAUAUGCACAUCCGCAACGCCAUCACCAUCCUCAAGUCGCUACAUCCGGUGUUCCCUGCAGUCACGUUCAUGGGUACGGCCCAGAUAAGCUAUCUAACCGAACUUUCCCAGAAGGAGACCAGGGAAGAUCUCAAGCUGUCUGCCCUGUCUCUUGUUGCCGAUCUGAAGAGGCAAGAAGCUGCGAUCGCGAUAGAGAACAGGCCUCCUGAGCCGGGGAAGCAACCGAGACCUAAAGAGAAGAGGAUAGGCUGGCUGACGCCUCAGGAAUUUCGGCUUGGCGACUUCGGGCACAACGCACCCAAGGCUGCUAGUCGGAGCGGCUCCGCUAGACCAGAUACCCCUCAGCCGAAGGGAACUACCCCGAGAUCACUCAAUGCGACCGCCGCUGAGUUCCAGCCCAAGCCUACGUCCAUCAACGGCAUCUCAAAAUCUACGAGUUCUGGGAGGCCAGAUGCGGAGGAUGGUGAGAUCGAGGACGGCGAACGGAAAGCGUCUCUCUCAGCCGCUGCAUCAACUACCGAGAGCAAGACUCAGCCUCAACAGACUCCAGCAGUCAAUGGGGAAGCUAGAGACGUGGCGACUUUAGAGCCGAAACCUGCUGCGUCUGUGACGGCUCCCACGCCUGGCGAGAAGACUGAUGCACCGCCGCCAGCUCAUGAGAACGCGAAUACCGAAUCAGCAACUCCAGCAGCUAUUCCAGCCUCGUUCAAUCAUGGUGUAUCUCAGAGACCAGAUAUCAGUCGGACGCCGUCUGGCCAAUUCGGAGCGCCCCGAGCGCCGCACGCUCUGCCAAAUCGGCCAGAGUCGCAACAGCUCCGGGGACGACUCCUACCUCCACCGCGGCCGGCAGAACGAGGACCAGAGCACCGCGACAGAAGGGACGCAGGUCGAGGACCUCCAGACAUGCAGUACGGCAGGCUUGACAGGCCGGAAGAUAUGCCCCGAGAUAGCUUGACUCACAACGACCGCCGGGAGCGAUCUCCGGGUCCUGGUCGCCCGGUUCGAGGGAGGACUCCUGAACGUGGACCACCGCCAGAUCGAGAUCGACGAGAUCCGGCGUACGGCGGUGGUAGAGAUGUGCGCGAGUACCUGGAUGACCGCCCUAUGAGGCCUCCUCCACGCGAUGCUCGACCUGGUGGUAGAGACCUAGGCUACGGCCCGAGUCUACAGAACCGGUCAGCGCCGGACUCGCCACAAUUGCUGCCUCGGAUAGAUGAGCGGAGUCGUAUGCACGGAAGUCCUGCAAUGGCACCUCCGGCAGCAGCUCCACCGAUUCAUCCAGACCGCGGGCCAUUGAUCAACCCUGAGCGCGCCAGACUCUUGCAGCACCACGACGAACGACCGCCGAUGAACAUGCCCCAGCACCCGCAGGAUCGUCCGCCGCACUUGAAUCGUGCCAAGCCGGAUUUCGAUCGGCCAGGCAUGAAUCCGGAGCGGGUUGCACAGCUAUCUGGGGACUUCGAGCGACGUAAUGAUGGUCCGAGGGCGGACAGAGAUGACAGAAGGGGUCGUGGUUCGAGACCGCAUUCACCGAGAAGGGCUGAUGAGCGUCUCCCGCCUGGAGCAUCACCGCACCAUGAUGAUCCUCGAGAUUAUCGCCGAGACGACCGACCGUCUAUGCUGGGUCGGCCACCCAUAAACGGGCCGCCAGAGCGUGAACGGUAUGACGAGCCUAACAUCCCUCCAACGGGACCACGCGGAGACAGGCCUGGCAGAAACGCACAUCCAGAGAGCGGACCUCCUGGUCCUGGCCGCGAACUUUUCCAACCGUCAGCCCCGCCGAGGCCGCCACCAGAUCUCAACCACGGCCGCUUGAACCAAGACUUCGGUCCGCCUCCGCACGCAUCGCAAGAAUCUCGAUUCGGUCGCCUCAACGCUGGGCCAGACGUCCCCUCCGGACCACGAGGACGCGGUUCCGCCGCUCGCGGAGGCCGCCAUUUCAACACCCCAAGCGGUCCACGCCAAUCCGAGCCAAUGGCACCGACGAGCGUGCCACAGUCGCCCUCAGACCGCCAACCACCAGCCGGACCGGCACCCGAUCACGGCCCACGCCGUCCGUCCGACCAAAUCUCGACCUCCGCGCCACAGACACCCGCAACAGAAAACGCCCCCUCCGACCUCUCAGGCAUCCACCCCAGCCGUUUGCAGCAGAUCCAGCCACCACCACCCAUCCAGACCGACAUGCCAACAAACAAUCCGCCCCCUGCAGCAGCGUCUGCUCCAUCGGGCGCGACGUCGUCCUUCCCGCCCUCCGGCCCCCGCAACUCCCGCCAACAGCAGCCCAACACAAACAUGAACCCAAACACCCCCGGCGUCUCGCCUAUAACGCGCGGUCCGCCCACGGGCCCGGCAUCAGCGGGACCGGGGAGGGAAGAUAAGAGGUUUGCGGGACUGCACAAUAUGCUGCAGGGCGGGCCGACGGGCGGGGACAGGGGCGCUUCGAUCCGCGGAAGGGCUGGGAGGGGCCCGGCUACGAACACGCUACCGGAAACCUCGACACCUGGUCUUCCGCCACAGCCACCGAUGCCCAGCGCAAUGCGGCAAGAAGGCGGUGGCAACGGCAACGGAGGCGGUGGGAUGCCGCACCAGCAGCCACAACAGCAUCUUGAGCUGCCCAGGCCGGACCUGAUGGCUCGCAGCCAAGGUGGAGCUAGCGGCCCCGCCGGGCUAGACGCCCCGUCCUCGCAGGACGAGCGCUCGAGCAGCCGGGCUGGGUCGCGGCGCGGAGAGCGGUCGUCGCGAGAAGGCGAGCGCGGGUCGCGGCGGCAUAGGAGUCGGAGCCGGAGCCCGCGCCGCGAGCAGGAGCGUGCGAUGCGGGAGCCGAGGGAGCCGAGGGAGCAUGAGAGGGAGAAGCGCGGAGACGGCAAUAGAGAGGGGAAUAGGGAGGGGAAUAGAGAGGGCAGCAGGCGUGGACGGGAUGAGUUGCGUGAGCGGGGAGGACCAAGGGAGUCGGGGCCGAGGGAGCCAGGGCACAGGGAGCGGAGGGACAGGAACAUGGAUGAUGGUGGGGUGAGAAGGGGACCACUGCCGGGAGAGUAUGGUGGCGGCCCUGGCCCUGGGGAGGGAUAUCCGCCUCCCCAACUUGAGGGAAGGAACGGGGACGGGAGGCCAAGGGGCCCUGGUGGAGAAAGAAGGGAUGAGCGCGAGAGGAGGGAGGGCAGGGAUGCGAGGAAGAGGGGACGGCUGGGAGAGGAGGGCCCAGAGGGGCCGGGUGGUGAUAGCAAGAGGCCUAGGAGGAUGGGCUAG